UUAGUUAACGACAAAGCCUGGCAACUGAACCAACGUUAAGCGAGAUGGAGGAUUUUACAGCGCCUCAAGAAGCAGAAGGACCAGAAAGUGUUUCCUCUAGGGCCAACUUCACCUCUUCAGCCGUCAAUGUUAUCAAGGGCAUCCUGGAUGAACAGGUGAAAAGUAUCGGUGUCAUUAAUAAAGAUGGCAUUUUAGAAAAUGAACAUGAACAGCUUGUGUCCAGCACCACCCAGGAUUUACACAAGGCAAUCUCUGACAUUCAGAACUAUAUAGUAGAAGAAGUUCAGUCAGAAUCAAAGGCCGAAACAUCCUGCUGGAGAAAGGUGGAAACUAAAAUGAAGUACGUUGUUGUCCUCAGAUAUGUCAAGCAGUCAAUUGUUACAAUCGUGGCAAAACUGAGGAGGGAAUUUAACUGCUCCACACCUGCAGAAAAGACCUCACUGCAGCAGCUAUUUGACAUAGCAGAAGAGAUGGUGCAGGACAUGAUCCCACCAGAGGAAGAUGACAACGUAAGAAAGGAAACAGAUGACUGGUCCUUGUACAGGAAAACUGCUAGUGACAUUUCACUUGACCAGUACCAAAUCGGUAAUCGCCUGGUGGAUAUUGUGUACCACCAUCUAGAACCAGAAGGUAACACCACACAAUAUAGGGAUGAGACUAGCAAAGAAGUGUAUUCGCUUGUUGUGGUGACAUGGAACUGGAUCAACAGAAAGUCACACAUGCAUGAGAUAAGAAAGGGCCCCGUGCACAUUGGUCUGAGGAAGCUUAGCCAAGAGUUGGCAGGUCUCAGAGCAAGCACAGAGGGCCCUUCAGAAAAGGACGAUGACACUGUGACAACCGUGUCUAAAGAAACACCAGCUCCUCUUACAGGUGAGUCAGCUAUCGGUACUGAAGCUGAUGAAGCUGCAGGUGGGGCCACAGUAGACAACAGCCAAGAGUUGCAAAAACUAUGCCAUUUGGUAGUGACCGGGCUGAUUAGUCAGAUCAUGAAAGACGACUGGAUCCAUGCGUCUGAACACAUAAUCGACAUCAUCGGGAUACUGAGAGAGAGGCUCUUCGCAGAGCUCUCGGACUCUAACAUCGCUUUUGAGGUGAACGACCAACACAUCAAAAGAAUCGCCAAGGCGGUGAAGAAGGACUUGAUUAAAACCACACGAAAACAAAAAGGGAAUCUCCGACUUAGCCUGCUGGUAAAGAACGAGGGCCUGUUCAAAGAUAUAACUGAGGGUCUGAAGGAGCAUCUGAUGCUGCCGAAAAGGACGAGCUGCGUCAAAAGGUUCUUCAGAUGUGUCUUGAAGACCAUGGCCAAACCCUUCACCGCCUGCUGCAGACGUGACUGAAGAGCAGUCACUGGCAGUCUUAGGGUGGGUGUUUGGGUGGGGCAGACCUUUUUCAAAGGAGACAUUUUGUCCUGGCCAAAACAGAUUUGGCUCCUGCUAUGACAAAUCGAAAUCUCUGCUAUGAAAAAGGUCUACUGAGACCCGAGGUCCCGCCUCAUGUCCUGCUGAGUUCAGGAUAUGACGCAGGACUUCAGGUGUCAGGUCAGCACGUGUCUCACAGCAACAAGGCGAAGGUUCAGAUCCAGGCCCUGAACCUCCUUGCUGUGAGGAGCACACAUGUGCAUGUUAACUGUGUUACUCGGAUUUACUCCGAGUGCUUCGAUUUCUUCCUAUAUUUUAAUAAAUAAUAAAA